AUGGGAAAUAACCCUUCUAUUUUAGAUUCAGAGACCAAUGAGAGUACAAACAGAAAUAUAAAUAAUAAUAGCAAUAAUAAUAAUAAUUCAUCUACAUUAAUAAUUGAAAGAAAUGAUAGCAUAACUUCAACAUUAUUUCCAAGUCGAAGUUCGUCAAGUCGACAAAAAUAUUUGACUAAAAAUCAAGGAGAAAAUCCAAAUAAUGUUAGUUUAUUUAAACAAAAUUAUUCUUUAACACAAAAUAACGAAACUUAUGAACCAAUACUCAAGCCACUCUCAAGUCCUGAAAAUGAUACUAAUAUUACAUAUAAUAAUAGUACUUUUAACAAUUCAAGAGCAUCCAAAAAUUCAGAUCAAGAUAUAAUUAGAAAUGAUAAUGAUCCAAUAAACAAUCAACAACAGCCGUUAUUAAUACUAAGCCCUGGUCCAUCACAUCCAACAGUUGAACAAAGUAAGCAACAAGCAAAUUAUAAUGAAGAUCAAGAAAUGUUUAAAAAUGGUAUUACACAAACUAAAAAUUCCUCUUCAUAUCGUAAUACAUCUCCAAAUAUACCGAGUAACACAAAUAAUAUAAUAAAUAUGAAUUCUCAUAAUUAUGCUAGUUCACAUCGACCUAGUGUUGUUGCAUUGAAAAAAUCUUUGGAAGAGACUUUGGAUUUUACAACUAAUGAUCCUAGACAGAUUUAUUCCUCGAGAUCCUCGCAAUCUUCUUUUUCAACAAUGUCUAAUACGAGAUCAGCAUCAAUUGAUAUACCUACUAGGAAUUCAGCGUCUAGAGUGGGGUCUCAAUAUUUUGAUGCAGAUUUUAAUGUACCUAGGUUUGAAAAUGAUUUUCUACAUCCCGAUGAGCCAGCAUUAAAUCAGAAGUUAAUACAAAAUAUGUUAACUCAAGAAAGAAGAAAAGAUCAACAUAAUAAUCAAAGUUUUUUUACAACAGAUACUACAAAUGGUAUCCCUAACGGGCUAACUAACUCAUCGAAGCAUUUUAGAGAUGAACCUAGUGCUAGUAGUAAUAAAAUUCAAAACACUAAAAGGAAUAACAGUUUAAAUUUAUCUUCCCAAUUUGAUAUAGAUAUGAAUGAUAAUACACGAACAAACUUUAUCAGAGCUGGAGCUGAUUUUAAAAAUUCAAAAGAUGAUGCUAAUAGAACCAUUUCCAAACUUUUAAGAGAUGAUACAGAUGUUACAUCCUCUACGCUUAUUCAAGAUGAUGGUGAUGAUGAUGAUAUUUUGCUAUCCAGAAAGUCCGUCGCAUUUGAUCAAGAAACUUCAGGAGAUCAAACCCUUACAUUCAAACCUUCUACGGUUUCCCAAACUGAAAUGGAUGUUUUAUUAGAUCCAAUUGGCAUAUCCACAAGAAAAUCAAAAAGAGGAAAUGUUAAAAGUAAUAAGAAGCCUAAAGCGUUUAUUAGAGAUGGUCAAAAGAUAUACCCUGGAGAAGAUGAAGACGAUGAAAUUGUUGAGACUAUUACAUCCAAUAGACGAAAUAAUAUAUCUUCAACAAUAAGUAAGCCUUUAUCAAGAAUAGAUGAUGGGCCAAAUAAUAACGGAUUUGUCACUACUACUAGAUCUUCAUCUAAUAGCUCUCAAAAAAAUUUAGCUAAUUUAUCAAGACUUACAAGCAUUUACGGAAAUAGUGAAGAAUUUAAACCCCAAUCAGAACGAAAAUACAAGCCUCUGCAGACUGUGGAUAAUAAACCCUAUAAACAUCUACAACGAACUGAUAGUAAUAAUCACGAUACUAGGUCUUACAAGCCAUUACAGAGAGUAACUAGUAAUAAUAGCUCAUCAGGGAAAUUGAAUUUGAAACGUUUAAGUUCUCUAGAAGCACCCUCCAAAAUUUAUUCUUCACGAGAGUUACUUAGACAAUUAUCGAGCAGAAGUUCUCGAAUUGGUUCUUUGAAGGAUCAAUUAGACUCACCAUCUGAUUUAAGUAAGGUCACCUCAUACUUUUCUACAGAUACAGAAUCAGCAGCAGAACUUCAAAACGUAAUAAUUAAAUAUAGAGAUCCUAUGGAAGAAUCUGAAAUUCCAGAGACAAAAAUUCAACUAAUUAGCAAAGAUAUCAACACCACACUACACUAUGACACUACCGACUUGCUAACUGAAAAUAAUAAAAUGGAACUGGUUUAUAAUAAAGAUGAAAAAGCUUGGAUCUUACCCAAUUUAAUGUUACCACCUGGCAUCUAUCAGGUUCAAUUUUUAGUAAAUUCAGAUUUAAAACACUCAGAUUUUCUACCAACAGCGACUGAUGAUUUUGGAAAUAUUGUUAAUUGGUUUGAAGUCUUGAGUGGAUACGAUUUUAUUGAACCGUUUAGAGAUGAAAAUAUUAGUAGUGCAGACAAUAGUGAUGGAACUUUAAUGCAAAACAUAAUUCCUGAGAAGCUAAAAACUAUUUCAAUGACUAAAAUGGCAGGAAAUGGCUCUAAAGGAUCUACCCCUCGGUCAAAUUAUACUGGUGUAAGUAGGUCUAAUUCAUUAUCUGCAAGUUCAAGUUCUUCGGUAUGGAAAUCUGUCAAUGUUAAUUUAUUCACACCACUAGAACCUAAUAAAGUAGAAUAUUCUACUGAAAUCCCUGAAAUUUUUAAAAAUACAACUGAAAAUAAUACUUCGAAUGCACCAAUGCAAUAUCAUCCAGAAAGAAAAAGGCCUGGUUUAUUACAUAAUGUAGUCGAUUGUAGUCAAGAAGAGUUGUUCGGCGAUUUAUUAGCAGAUGGUUUAAUGGAUACGGAGACAGCAGAGCAAAUGUUUCUGGAUAAAUAUCCUGUGCCGGAGCUGCCAAUAUAUUUAAACUCCAAAUAUAUGACACAAAUAGUUGGCGAAAUUAACCAACCUAGUGGAUCUGGGCCACCAUCUAGUCUAAAUAAUAAUGAUUUGAAUCAUAUUAUUCCACACGUUAACUUGCAGCAUUUGUUAACAAGUAGUAUCAGAGAGGAAAUGAUUAGUGUAGCUUGCACUACGAGAUAUGAAGGUAAAUUCUUGACCCAGAUUCUAUACACUCCUUGCUUCUAUGAAAAUCUAAAAUCUGGUGAAAAUAAUGAGCUAAAAUAA